UAGUCGGUAGCGCGCGCGCACGCUGCAUCGUGUUUUGAGGUUAGAAUUGGCGCGGUUUCGCUGGCCAGGUGCUCUCGACGCCCCCGCUCGCACGCCUAACUCCGUCCCUCUCGCGCUACCUGACAGCUGUUUUCUCUCGGGAGAUUAUUAGUCAGAUGUUUCUGUGAACCAGUCGGAGCUCACCUGACGUGGUACUAUGGCGGCUGGAGGACGUACACCCAAGCAAAGGAGAUUCGAGAUAUCUUCUACCAUGGCGCUAAGAACCAACACCCCAAGGCGAAGACGUGGGAGCUGCAAGUGUCUAUUCGGAGCUCCGGACAGGGACGAGACGAAGCGUCUGAUGGCAGAGCAGUACGCAAGAGAAAGGAAGCGGUUUAUUAGGCGAUUCAACUUUGACAUUGAAACUGAGUGCGCCCACAAAGGUGCUAAAUUGGACUCUCCUGUUAAAUUUUGUGAGGAGGACAAGGAAAAUGGCAGUCCAAGGAAUCCUAGGACCGGAGCUGAGGCCUUAGCGUGUGUAGAGAAUACGGAUUUGCGGGUGCUGGGAUCACCUUCACGCCGCAGUGCUGGUAGCUCGCCUAGGACUCCGACAAGGACUCCACGGACGCCAAGGACUCCUCGUGCAUCGAGGACACCACGUACUCCUAGAACUCCUGCGUCAAGAAGACAACUCCAAAUGACAGAUUAUUGGACGUUAAGAAAACACGCGGAUGGUGCGUCGAGUGACAAAGAAAAUUAAUUUAUUUAAAAAAGCUUACUUAUAUUUUUUUUAAUUACGUACGU